AUGGCAAAAUCCCGUGUGGCACCCUUGAAGAAAAUCACAUUGCCAAAUUUAGAACUGAUGGCAGCCGUGAUCGGAGCACGUUUAGCGAGACACAUUCUACAAGCGAUAGACAUACAAGAUGUGAUACUUUGGUCAGACAGUCAAAGUGUGUUACACUGGCUGAGCACCUCGAGACCGGUAAACAAAUUCGUCCAAAAUAGAGUUACAGAGAUAAGAGACCUAACCCAGAACCGUAAAUUGAAAUACUGUCCCACAAAACACAAUCCAGCCGACCUUCUCACAAGAGGUAUCACAGCAUCCCAGUUCAGAAACAAUCACCUAUGGAUGCAUGGUCCGGACUGGUUAACUUACCAAACUCAGUGGCCUGUAUGGAUGCAGGCAGACACCAUCACCAUGGUAACCUUGACAGACGAGACGCAAGAAACAGAUGAACAUCCGUUUCCACGCAGUCUACUUCAAGACAGUCUACACGUUUUAAUAGACUUGUCAAGGUACAACAGCUAUAGAAAACUUAUUCGAGUCACUGCAUACGUCCUUAGAUUUAUAAACAACUGCAGGGCCGUCACCAUACGACGAAGAGACCCUUUAAACGUAACAGAACUACAGAACGCAGAGCACAGGUGGCUACAGAAUUGCCAGCACACUGAAUAUGCCAGAGAAAUAUCCAGCCUGAAGACCUCUGAGAAGAGACUACCCAUAGUGCGCCAGUUGAAACUAUUUCUUGACGACAGAGGAGAUUUACGUUGUGGCGGGAGAAUACAAAACGCCCCAUUAGAAUAUGCUAUCACGUUCCCAUACUUACUUCCCCCCAAACAUACCCGCCAUCUACAUACGGGAGAGAACGCUAUCAUAACUUACUUACGGCAGAAGUACUGGAUUCCUUCUAUUCGCAGAUGUGUCCAGACAGAGAUACGGAAAUGUGUGACAUGCAAAAGAAUUAAUGGUAAACAAUACCCAGCCCCAGAUCCCCCACCCCUACCGAAAUUUCGACUAGAAGACAGCGCCCCAUUUACGGUAACAGGAGUGGAUUUUACCGGUGCACUACAUGUAAAAGAUCAACGUGGAAAUAUGAGUAAAGAGUACAUAUGCCUUUUCACGUGUGCUUCUACUAGAGCAUUACAUUUAGAAGUGGUCCAGAAUUUGACUGAAAUUUCCUUCAUGCAAGCGUUUAGAAGAUUUUGCAGCAGGAAAUCAUUACCACACAUAAUGGUUUCUGACAAUGCAGCUACUUACCAGGCAGCAUCAAGGCAUCUGCGUCAAUUAUUCUAUUCCCAGUCCAUGAAAGAAGCCCUCAACCAAGAAGGAACACAAUGGUAUUUCAUCCCAGCUAGAGCCCAAUGGUACGGUGGGUGGUGGGAGCGCCUGAUAGGUUUAACCAAGAUCACGCUAAAGAAAGUCUUCGGACGUGGAUGCAUUAAUUUAGAAGAACUUCAAACGAUAACCACGGAAGUAGAAGCUGUACUCAAUGAUCGACCAAUAACAUACGUGACGUCAGAUGAUUCAGAUCCACACCCGUUAACGCCGGCACACUUAUUAUACGGCCGGCAGGUGAAGAGUUUACCGACGAAGAAUGUACCAAUAGAAUCGGUAUCAGAUCCAGCAGUUGGCAACCGUUCCAGUAUUACUAGACGAGCCAGGGUCCAGAAGGAACUAAUCGAGCACUUCCGGGAACGGUGGCGCCACGAGUAUUUGACGGCGUUGCGCGAGUAUCACCGAGUGACGGGUAACAACAAGCAGACGAUAUCAGUAGGUGACGUGAUACAGAUCCAUGAUGACACACCUCGUGCGCGGUGGAGAUUAGGUGUGGUACACGAACUUAUAUAUGGGAAAGAUGGACUGAUUCGUGCAGCUAAAGUAAAAUCGAACAGUGGAAUAUCAGUGAGACCAAUUAUAAAACUGUAUCCGUUGGAAACAAAAUGA